UCCUAUUUGCAAUUGCCAUUCGUUUCCUAGGUACCUUAAGGUACGGAUCCGUACAAUGGAUGGAUGUGGACGCGAGGAAGUGGCAUUUUCCCACCGAUCAAUCAACCCUUGUCGGUUGUGUGUUCCGUCCCGCCUCUUGGCGACCAGGCACAGAGGACCCUAUCCUGCCUCCUGCAGGCGCUGCAAGAUCACUUGCCUGGAACGCCCGCCCAACCCUGCCGCCUUUCAUCAAGUAAACAGGGAUGUCGACUUCAAGCGUUUCGCAAUCCAGAGAACCAGGUCCAGUUCUUCCGGGUUAUCGCCACCUCUCUGGAACCAUCACACUCGUUACAUAUCAAGCUCUGCUCCUCCCUCCGGACACCUUCUGUUCCAUCGUUUUGUUCUCGCUCACAGACGGCCAAGUUCCACCGAGACCGCACGACACUUCAACGAAUACGCUAGGUGCACUCUUGCCAGUGUGUCGCAAGUGGGGAACGUCACUCGUUGCAUGGUUGGACUGCAGCCAACCACCACACCAAAUUUGAGAGGUUGGUGACCCGACAGUGUGUUGGCAGGUUCCUCGCGGAACCCAACCCAAAAGGACACCAUUGCCACCGGCUACCGAGGAGCCCAAGCCCUCCUGAUUUCAUCCUCCCACGCUAUUGUUUGCUCGCCGAGCCCAUACCAUUAGCAACUUGCCACUAUGAAUAUCACCAAGAAG